UUAAUCAUAUCUGCAUUUUGAUAUAAAAAUUAAUAUCAAGUUACACUGGCACCUUGUUUUGGUUAUAGCUCAAUAAAAUGUUGUUCGUAAAUGUAUUGAUUUGUUCGGCUAUUGUUUUAAUAAGUUAUUUCUUUUGGAACUUCUACCAAAAAGUGUUUUUUAUCAAAAGAUUAGACAAUGUACCAGGAUUAAAAACAUUGCCACUUAUUGGUAGUUUCUAUCAUCUUCUGAAAAAUUUUGAAGAUUUUCUGGAGGUUUUAGUAAAUAUACUUCAAGAUUAUCCAUCUCUUUGUCAAGUUUGGAUAGGCAGCAAGCUUUUAAUUCUUAUAUCCUCACCAGAUAUAGCAAAACUUGUCUUAAACAGCAAAAAUUGUGUGGAUAAAGCUAGUCUUUAUAAACUCGUAUCUCCAUUGUUUGGAAUGGGAUUACUUACUGCUCCUGAAUCCGUAUGGAAUCGAAUAAGAACAAUGACUGCACCAACAUUUAGUUCACAUAUGCUGCAACGUUUCUUUAAUACGUUUGUUGAACAAUCUGUAGCGCUUACAGAUGAAUUAGAAAAAGUUGGGUUAAAUGAAAACGAAAUUCUCUACGGAGAUCAUAUAGCAACUUGUACUUUGAGAAUUGCAUGUGAUGCUCUAAUGGGUGUCCAGUUGGAAUCAAAUAAAAACCUUCUACUUCUUAAACCAAUUGAGAGGGGGAAAAAAAUUCUUUUACAUAGAUUAAGAAAUAUACAUCUUUAUUUUUUUGAUACUGUGUUUAAUCUCUCUGCUAUGGGACGCGAACAAAAAAAGCUGCUAAAUGUGUUCCAUUCUAUUGUAGAUGAGAUGAUACAGAAAAGCAAAGAUAAAUUAAUACAACUGGAUACAACUAAGGACGAAGAGAAGCAAACUCAUAAAACAUUUUUUGAUAUCUACAUGGAUGCAAGCUGUAAAGAAAAUUUCACACAAGAGGAGAUUCGCGAUAACAUAUCAACAUUAUUAAUGACGGGCAGUGACACAAUCACUGUUACGUGUACUUUCGUUGUCUUCAUGUUGGCAAAUUUUCCAGAAAUACAAGUAUGUAUAACUUAUUCCAAGACAACUGAAUUUACUAGUUAAAUAAAUGAAGCGUACCGUUGCGUGAUAUAAUCGAAAAAUGUGAAAGAUAUAUUUUAUAUUGUUAGCCAAAAGAUGUGUUUUCUAAUUUAAAAUAGAUCAUUUAUGUUGUGAAAAUUGUAAACAUUGCUUUGUUUUUAUCCAAACAUUAUAUUAAUAUAAAUUUAUUGCUAACAUA